AUGGAUAAAUUAUUUACAGAAGCCCACAGAAAUGGGUGCAAGCUAAAUGAGAAUGUAGACUUCGUUUCUGCCCAUGAUGAGCUUUCUGCUUACGGUGAAUUCGUAGCCACUGCAAAAGCUGAUAUUGAACCUAAUGAAGUACUUAUUUCCUGCCCAUUUGAGUAUGCCAUUACUUACGAAACGGCGUUAGCCUCUUUACAAUCAAUAAAUCCAGAUUUCAAAUCCUUGUCUCAAGAAAUAGUCCUUUAUACCUUUUUGGUUCUGGAAAGCCUCAAAACGUCGAAUAGCAAAUGGGCUGCGUACAUUGAGUAUCUCCCAAAAAGCUUCAAUACUCCCACAUAUUUUAACGAUGAGGAUAAGCAGUAUUUAAAAGCCACAAAUAUUGAAUUUGCUCUACAAGAUCGAUUGCAUAAUUGGCGACAUGCUUACGAAGAUGUCUUGAAAUUGGGAUCGUUCUCUACAAACCAAUUCACGUUUGAUCUUUUUAUCUGGGCUGCGACUGUGUUUACGUCAAGGUGCUUUUCUUCUAGCUUGAUUAACUCUCGUAUCAGUAAGGAAGACGCAAGUCCUAUACUUCUCCCGUUGAUCGAUAGCUUAAAUCAUAAGGCUAUGCAGCCAAUUCUUUGGAAGACGGAUGUUCGCGAUACUAUGUCAGUCCAGUUGGUCUCUCAAAACACUACUUCUAGAGGUCAGCAGAUUUUUAAUAAUUAUGGUCCUAAAGGAAAUGAAGAAUUGCUUUUAGGAUACGGAUUUUGUUUAGAGGACAAUGCGUUUGAUAAUGUUGCUCUUAGAGUAUCUGUUCACCCUGAUUUACCGUAUAGACAACAAAAAACGUCUGUUUUGCAACAGGACAACACAUUUGAGUUGAAUAAUUUAAUCUUCUUCUUCCAAAAAAAUGCAAAUUUCUCCGCAUAUGAGAAAGUCCUGCAAUGCCUUACUGUUGUUAGUGCAUCAUCAUUGGAGUUAAAGCGUAUCUUGGCCCAUCAAGCUAUGUUUGGUUUGUCUUCUUACAACUCGAGUCUGCGCGGUAAAAUCAAAUCAUUUGAGAUUUUGCUUAUGUACAUAAAUUCGCGUCUGCAGCUGCUUAUACAUAAUAAUCCAGACAAAAGUCCAACUAACAUACGCCAACAGUAUGCUAGCGUUUACAGAAAAGGUCAAAUAGAAAUUUUGGAACAAUCUUUAGAACAAGUGAAGAAUUUCAUGGAGGUAGAACUGAAAAAGGUAUAUCACCCACACCCUAAUUUAUUGCAGUACCUUGUUCUGAACUCCGUUUCUGUAUUUCUUCUUCAGCAUCCCAACUUUGCUCUACUUUCAAAAGUAAUCACAGAGCUUUAUGGAACGACGGAUGCGGAGUCUAUCGCUGCAAGUGAAGAACAAGAUAAUGUUGUACUCUUAAUAUGUUUGUAUUGUUUAUCUGCUCACGAAGCACUACCUUUUUCUAUUAAGAUGCUUCAAGAAGGGUAUCCUGCUUCAAGCACGGAGGAGGGUGACGAAGUCUUUGAAAUAUUUGAUGAAAUGAUAUUUCAAAGAUAUCCGGAUGUGUUUGGUAAUAAAAAAAUAUUUAAUAAGGAAAAUAUGUCAUGGGCAUUGCAGUUGAUAAAUGAAGAAUCUAUAGAUUUUUCCGGAUUUACAUUUGUCAUUGUCCAUGCUUAA